ACAGCAAGACAGAAGAGAUGGGGAUCAGGCAAUUCCCUGGCCUAGUUAUCUGGCUAACUGGUUGGCUGGUUAUCUGCUUAUCUGGUUAGCUGGUUAGCUGCUAGGUGCUAACUAACUGCCGAAGCUACUAUUACUUCUUCGGCUAUGGAGGUGGAGGUCCUGCGAGGCGAGACUAAGCCCAGUCCCUGAGACCUCUAUUAAGAGGCUGGACGCUCGUCUCUCUUUUCUAUUCUGUUCUCUGUUCUCUGUUAUAUCUGCUCUUUGUUCUAUCUGUUCUCUGCUUUAUCUUCUAUCGACAUGGAAACUACGAAAGACACCCUCACGGUGACGGAUAAUCGAACGGCCAAGUCCUACGAGAUCCCUAUCGUUCACAAUUCCGUCAAGGCAACCGAGUUCAAGCGAAUAUCGUCAGGGCUGAAGAUCAUGGAUCCUGGCUUCCAGAAUACUGCCGUGGCCGAGUCAGAGAUUACCUACAUAGACGGGAUCAAAGGAACCAUCCAGUAUCGAGACUAUCCGAUGGACGAGUUGAUCGAAAAACACGACUUUGAAGAUGUCUCCUUUCUCUUGAUCUGGAACCAUCUGCCGUCGCAGCAAGAGAAACUCAACUACCGACGCAGCCUCGCCGCCAGGGCAAACCCGCCCCAAGCCGUUAUCGACACCGUCAAAUGCUUUCCCCGCGACACUCCAUACCAUCUCAUCUUUACCGCUGGCCUGAGUGCGUGGGCAGCCACAGACCCGACCACCGUCCCCAUCUACACCGGACAAGAGAUUUACCUGGGGAAAAUGGACGCCGUCGAUGAGGGAGUGAAGCGGACCAUCGCCGCAUCCAUGACGGUCAUUGCGCUGAUUUUCUGCCACUACCGCGGCGUGCCCUUCACGGCCCCGGAUCCAACCGCCUCGAUGGCUGAGAACAUCCUGCUGAUGAUGGGGGUUGUCGACCUCAAGACCUCCCGGCCAGAUCCCACCAUGCUGCGCAUCCUCAACCGGCUCUGGAUCGUCUAUGCAGACCACGAGAUGACCAAUUCCACCGCUGCCAGCCUGCAUGUCGGCUCCGGGCUGGCCGACCCUAUGACCUGCGUCAGCGCCGCGGCGUGUGCCCUCUCGGGCCCGCUGCAUGGCGGAGCCAUCGACCUGGCAUACAAGAUGUUUGAGCGCAUCGGGUGCAAAGAGAACGUGGGCCAGGCCAUCGAGGAGGUGAAGCAGGGCAAGUUCCGCCUCUUCGGCUACGGCCACCGGAUCUACAAAACCGUCGACCCGCGCGUCAAGCACCUCAAACGCUCUCUCGCCGAACUCUCCCACAACGUCGAGGCGGAUCCGCACGUCUCGGUCGCCAUGGAGAUCGAGCGUCUGGCUUCGCAGGACGAGUAUUUCCGCUCGAGGAACUUGAACGUCAACGCUGAUCUGUACGGCUGCUUUGUGUUCUCCGCCAUGGGGUUCAAGCCGGAGAUCAUCACCGCCUUGUUGCUCGCCGCUAGGAUAAAUGGUAUUCUCGCCCACUGGCGCGAACAAAUGAGUAAGCCUGCCAACCUCUGGCGACCUCUUCAGGUUUUUACUCGUGCUAAGUUAUGACGACUUUGAUUUGGUAGUAUAUACAUGUGGUCUAUUUAUCUCAUCUUUAGCAUUGCGUUUUCAUCUAUAUAUCGCUAUAAUUCUAGAAUCUAACAGCCUUCUCGGUUUGGACUUGGUAUACCUU